AUGCCUGGGACGGCCAAUAAGAUCGAAGACCCAUGCCAGGAAUGUCGAGAACGUCAUCUCAAAUGCGACGACACCCGUCCCAAGUGUAAGCAAUGUGAGAGACUCGGCCAGAGGUGUCGGAGGGGAAAGAACAAGCUCAAGUUUCGCCAUGGUUCCAGCGCCCGUUAUGAUGCGACUUUCGCCAAAGAUCAGACAUGGCUGGAGCAGACCAGGAACGGAAAGUUCCAAUUUGUCGACGAAAAUCCCGAACUGGAGAACUAUUAUUCUCCAGACGACAUUGUGGUCACUGCCGCUAGACCGCUUCUUCAACCCACGAAACAGGAGGACCUCCCACUGCCUCUUGCGCGAUAUGAACAAUCUGUUGAGGAAGAACCGCAUGCACCUCACGUUGUUUCUUCCUCUGAAUUUCCCAUUACCCUACCCUCCCUUUCAAUCGACGAAAAAGUCCUCGUUCAUGCACCUAUAAAGAGAAGACGAACUGCCGACUCUGCCAGUCAACCAUUCCGCCCAAACCCAGAACCAUGGUUGCAUGGAACCUACGAUCCGAUCCGCUCCCAGUAUCGUGUUUAUGAACCUCCAAAAGUUUUCAGUCCUGUCAGUGCUGAAGCGUACAACUCCAUGCCCGAACAAAAUUACGUUCCUAAGGUGGUAGAGGCCGAGUAUCGUCGUUUGGCCGAUUCCGCAGCUGCCAAAAUUCCAGAAGAUGAAUCUCUUCUGUCCCCUGCUAUCUGGAAGGAGGAGUUCUACUGGCCCAAUCGAUUUACGACCACUCAAUGUGCUUGUUUGAUGCGGUAUUAUAUUGAGCACCUCUCACCUUGGUUCGACGUCGGUGAUCCUGCUCGUCAUUUCGCCCUUGCUGUUCCUCAACGAGCGAGAAGGUGUCCACCACUUCUCAAUGCAAUCUUUACAGCCGCUUCGAGGCAUCUGGCGUCUCUUCCUCAGUACAGAGGAGCCGAUGGCGUUAUUAGUUACCAAAACGUACCACUUCCAAAAUUGACCCCUGACACAGCACUGAAAUACCAUAAUGCAUGCAUUGCAUAUCUCAUCAAACUAUCGACUGACCCAGAGCAUGUAAGAGAUGAGAAUCUCUUAGCAGCGGCGGUCAUCUUGAGAUACUAUGAAGAGAUCUAUACUUCUUUUACUGGAGAAGACAGUGAAACAUUUCUCCAUACCUUUCAAAUAUUCGUCAAAGCCCAGGCGAAUCCAUACUUCCAAAUCCUGGGUGAUGGAGGAUCUCCAGAAUACCUCCGACCUGGCUCUAAUGGCAACGUUCGAGAAAAUGCCAUUGCUUAUCUCAAAAGCUUUCAGCAUGCGGCAUUCAGAGUGGCUUUACGCCAAGAGACAACCAUUGCGUUUAUGAAACAAAGAGCGGUACGAUUGCCUCUGGAGAGGUGGUCGAUUCUACAAGGAUUUGAAGCUGCGGAUGACUUUGUGUGGUCAGAUCGACAUCUCUAUCAUUGUGCCAAUGUCCUACAGUACUGCUUCGGUGGCGAAGUCAUGGCUGGGAGGGCAAGCAUUGAGAGGUGGAAUGAGCUCAGAAGUUACGAGUCUCAAUGGGACAACACAAAACCAUUGUCAUUCGCCCCGAUCCACUAUCAAGAAGCAGAUACCAAGAAAGGAGAAUGUCUUCCACACAUAUGGUUCAUGGCAGAAGUCCACAUCACUGGCCUUUUGCACCUCGAACUCGCGCGAAUACUUCUGACGGUCUACAAUCCCAAUAUCCCAAGGAUUGGGCAAGGGGUCUCGGCGGCACAUCGCCGUCUUACUGAAGAAGUACACAACAUCGUCAUUCGACUGUGCGGAACAGCCAAAUCAGCAUCUUCACAACCAGCACUAGUUCAGGCGUUCAUGGCUAUAGCAGUCUGCGGGGAAUAUUUUUCCGAUUUGACGGAACAAAAAGCGCUUUUGGGCGUAUUGGCGCAGCUGGAAAAGGAAUAUGGCUGGCCGACGGCCAAAACAGCCAAUGAUCUAAAAGAAGGAUGGGGAUGGGAGUGA